GUCACCAGCGCCCAGUUUCACCCUAUGGAAUUUGCAGGCCAUGACUUCAUGGUGGAUGGCCUUUGCCGUAGCUUCGGUUUCCCAACCUUGGAGGAGAAUUUAGCGGCCUUUGAGGAGACCAGUACAGCGUCAACGCUUCAGUUGGUGAAGCGUUUGGUGGCAGAAGAACAGCUGCGACAUGCCCUGCCUUUGCAAACGGCGCAUGGCCAAAGUUUCCGUGCGGUUGCAAAGAUGCUGAUGACCCACAGCUACAAGGUGUGGUACCUAAGGGAGGCCUUGCAGAGGGCCUUGCUGCAGCGCGGCAUCUUCGAGUGGCAGGCGCUUCGCGAGCAAAGCGAAAGCCCGGCGGAAAGGCAGGGCCGCUUGGAUGAUUUCUUCGCCUCCUGGAAAGAGAGCCCUCGGAAAUUUCAUCCACAAGGUCUACCGAAGGUCCCGAAGGUGGCCUCGGAAGCAUCCACCGAGCUCCGCAGCUGGAAAGAUCGCGCCAGCCGCAGUCGAUGCACAGCGACCACAAUGAGCAGCUGGGAAUGGAGCAACGACCAGCCCAGCGAGGCGCUGAUGGAGAAAGCAGCCACCCGCGUGAGAAGACGCUCCAGCCGCUUCUCCUUGUCGUCGCCAGUGCCACUGCCACCACCGGUGCCCAUCGAAUCGGUGGGCGCCACAGUGGCGACAGAGAAGUUCAACUAUUUGGCCAUUUUUCCCCACUUGGCCAAAAGAAAGCCGAUGCCCACCAGGCGUUUAUUUAUGACCGAAGAGACAUCCCCAACUGGGUCCAGUUGGAAGAUCGAUGAAAUCUUGGUGCAUCGAAAUCAACCGGCAGAAAGCGUGGUGGCACCUUCCGAAUUGAGCGAGGCGCGGCGGCUCUUGGAGGGGGAGGAGCCCGCGCCCCGUAGGUCUUCGGUGACCAGCAGGUCAAUGUCCAUCUCCCAGUCAGAUCCCACGCUGCUCUCUCAGGGACCGGACGAGACCUUCCUCACCGGACCAGACACAACGGCCAUUCCACGAGGCAUGGCACGGCAGUUGAUGGCCCUGCCCUUCGAAGAAUUCCAAGAGCGGAUUCUGAAGGAUCGUGAAGCUGAUGGCCGCGACCCGUCGCCCCAGCGGCUCUUCGACCGCCACUUCCGACGGCACCUGGCCAAACCACCCAUGCCGCUGCCGAGCCGAGGAGGACGGGCAACGACUCAUGGGCUUCCGCCCCUCCCACAGAAGGGUAGCAACUGGGAGCCGGAGCGAGAACAUCCAGCCCCACAAAGCCCACAGUCUGCGACCUAUUUGAGGAGCUGCACCAGUCACUUCGUGCUGCCCGAGCUGCUGCCGUUCUUCACGGGCCAUUCCAAGGUCUUGGAUGCGGAGAACCGGCAACUCACGGACAAAGAUGUCCUGGCUAUGUCUGGAAUACUUCGACACGUUCAUCCCAGCGUCAUCAACCUGGGCAACAAUAUCUUGUUGACUGACAAGUCCAUGGUCCCAUUCCUGGAGUCGGUGUUGAAGCAACCGCCGGGCUGCUUGUUGACGCUGCAGUUCCAUCGCUGUGCGCUGGGCUAUGGCUCCUGCGUGAAGUUGGCGAGCUUAUUGGAGAGUGAGGCGGCAAAAAACCUGAGAGCGUUAAAUUUGAACGGCAUCGCCUUGAGUUUGGCGGUUCAAGUCCAUCUUGCUUCCAGCAUACGUGAACACGACCGCUUGCGGGAAUUGAGCCUGGCGGACACACAGCUCACGUCGGAAUGUGUGCAAAGCAUUGCGGAGAACCAUCAGUUGGAACUGUUGGACUUCGGCUGGAACUCCUUUGAUGCAGAGUGCUUCGCCGCUCUAGGCUUGUCGUUGUCCAACAACGUGACGUUGCGCACGCUGUCCCUGUCACGCUGUGCCAGCUGUGGGCCGUAUGGACCUCCCAUGGCCACUUUCUUGGAGCACCUGUCAGGCAUUCAGAACUUGCAGGACCUAGACAUCUCAUCAAACCUGAUUGACCAUCGUGGAGCUCUGAUGUUGGAAGACGUGUUGGCCAAUCAUCAGAACUUGAAGAAGAUGAACGUCUCCGACAAUCCACUGGGUCAAUUGGGCCUCCGAUCUUUGCUGCGGCUCCUUUGCACCCCAAGCGCCUCGCUUCGGCGUUUCGAGGUCAAUGGCUUAAGUGACGAUGCUCACACGGACUUGCGGGAUCCCUUCUUUCGACCCAGUUCUCCAGGAGGUGUGUAUCAACUGGACUUGACGCAGCCCUACCACCGUAGCAUCCUUCGGAUGUUGUGCAAGACCGCCGAGCACCUGCAGUUGCAGCUCUCGGAGGCGCUGAGCUCGGCCUCCGGAGGCUGGCCCGUGCCAGAGAAGGUGGAUGGAAACUGGGUGGUGCAACCCCGUGGUGCGGUGAAGCUGCGCUUCAACGUGGAGAAGGCGAUGGGGAAAGGUUUGACCCAGGCCUGGGACUUCUCUUCGCUGGUCAAAAUGCAUGUGCAGUCGCUCAAGCGGCGGGUCCAGCGGAAACAAAUUCAGCUGCUGCUGCAAUUUUGGAGCCUGAGAUGUCAGAUCCAGGAGCAAAGUCUGUUUCUAAACGCGCUGUCGAAGGAUUUCUUCUUCGAUGCCCCACAGAUCCUACAGCUCUGCUGCGAGCGAGAGGUUGCUGCAGAGGUGAUUUGGCGCCUGUGGCAUUGCAAUGAGCCAGGAGCACAUUAUCUCAGCCUAUUGCAGGGAUCACCGCACCUUAGUGCUUAUGUGAACGUUUUGCGGCGGUCGGCGCAACUCCUGAAUUUUAAUCCGCAGAACCCUAGUGGGCACUAUAGUUUGGAUUUGGCGAAUUGCUCCGACUUUGAACUGGGACAGCGCUUGCUGAUUUUGGAUCGCUGGGAGGGUAUGCUUCGGAGUGAGAUGCGGCGGCGUGAUGUGGGACGCAGGCCUGGAAGCUGCAUUUUUGAUGAAUGCUUCAACAGUGAGGAGCUGACCACAGGACUGCUGGAUUGGCGCUGGCAUGAGAAAGGCAUCUUGGACUUGGACUACGGCUCCGGAAAGCGGCUGCCUGGGGAGGAGGCUCCAAUAGCCGAUGAGCAGUUUCGCAAGCUUUGUCAGGCCUUGUUGUGCUCCCAGCUGUCGCCCGAAGCCAAAGUUGAAGCUUUGCGGCCGGUGUCCCAUCACUUCAACUUUUCCGCCUUCCAACUUCGAAGUCUCUGCCUGCAGACGGCCUCUCCUUCCGCGCGCGCGGAGCUCUUCGAGAUCUUCCUGCAGAGGGUGGUGGACAUUCAGAACUUGAAGCUGGUUCUGGAGACCUUAGAGCCAUCACGUCGCCAUCCAUUCAGGUUGAACCAGUGCAUGACCUUUCCGUACAUCCAGCCAGAGGACUAUGACUUUGAGUUCAACUUGAAAUAUGCGGAUCAUCGUUUGGCAUGUUUGGUUGUCUUCAAACUCUGUGAAGCCGAGGGAUGGAGCAGCGUGGAGGAGGGUGCCAGCUUUUGCUCGCUGGGCGAAGAUGCGGAAAAUGAUGAAGUAAACUUCUGGCGAAGCUCCAAGGAGGCGAGCUUGGACAACCUGCCUCUGCAUGGAAUCUUUAAAGGAAAAUAUCUGGGUUUCCUACAUGGAAACCGAAAUCUAAAGUGCCGCCGGCAGCUCCUGGAAAGCUUUGGAUUUUGGCCGGGUGCUGGAAUCACAGAGGACCAGGUCUGUUGGUGCAGCCGCCCCGAUGCGCCGCCGGAGAUCUUCAAAUUGGUGCAGUGGCUCAUGCUUCACUAUCCCGAUGUCAACAAGGCUUUUGCACAGAUCAUCAAGAAGGUCCCAAAUGGACUUCAAAGCAGCGGUUCCAUGACUGCCACGGAGUUCGAUGAAGCCAUGGCUGCCCUGAAGAUACAAAGGCUAGAUGAGCAUGGUGUGGAUGCAGCUUAUCGCUAUCUCAGCAGCAACGAUAGCCUUACACAGGCCAUGUGGAAGAAGUUAGACCCCUUCGUGGUGACCUUCCGCCUCCAUGCGCAGGACUUCACUGGCUUCAUGCGAAGCAUUGAUCCCGUGUUUGCAAAAGUUCACCAGAGAUAUGAUCCAAAGGAGAACCAAGAGCUGCAAGCUGAGCUGGGUCAAGGCUUGUUGGACUAUGGAGGUCGCAAUGGCUGGCGCUUUUGCAAGAAUCCGGUCACCGGAGAAACGGGUUUUGUCCCCAAAUGGGUCUUCGAGCAACGCCCCUUUGGUGUGGUUCAGCGGAUAGAGGCCACGACGGGGAAGUACAUCGAGAACCUGACCUUUCACAUGCGCGAUGGCAGCCGGCGCUUCUAUGGCACUGCUGGCGGUGAUCGUUUCUUCAGCGAGGACCUGGCCCAGGACGAGGCCAUAGUGCGCGUGACGCAGGAAAUUUGGGGCGAUGAAUGUGUGCGCUACCAGGUGAAGACCACAAGAAGAGAACUAGUCAUCAACAGCUUGGAAAGUGGAAAAGGGUGCCUCCAGAAGCCAUGCAGGAGGCUGACGGUGGAGAGCAAACGCCAGCGACAGAUCCGCACCUUGAAAUUCCUCGAUAAAACCUUGGUGGGUUCCCAGCAUCAGAGGCCGGAGAGCUGGGGGAAGAUUCACUGCUGA